UUCUUCACAAUUCAGUUUCCAAAUUUCUCAACAAUCUUAAAAUCAUUCUCUCAAAUCUCUCUAUCGUGAUCAAGAUGCAGAUCUUUGUUAAGACUCUCACCGGGAAGACUAUCACCCUCGAGGUGGAAAGCUCUGACACCAUCGACAACGUUAAGGCUAAGAUCCAAGAUAAGGAGGGUAUUCCUCCGGAUCAGCAGAGGUUGAUCUUCGCCGGAAAACAGUUGGAGGAUGGUAGAACUCUUGCUGACUAUAACAUCCAGAAGGAGUCUACACUUCAUCUUGUUCUCAGGCUCCGUGGUGGUAUGCAGAUUUUCGUCAAGACGUUGACUGGGAAGACUAUCACUUUGGAGGUGGAGAGCUCUGACACCAUCGACAACGUGAAAGCCAAGAUCCAAGACAAAGAGGGUAUCCCACCGGACCAGCAGAGAUUGAUCUUUGCCGGGAAACAACUUGAAGACGGCAGAACUUUGGCUGAUUACAACAUUCAGAAGGAGUCCACUCUUCACUUGGUCUUGCGUCUACGUGGUGGUAUGCAGAUCUUUGUGAAGACUCUCACCGGAAAGACUAUCACCUUGGAGGUAGAGAGCUCUGACACCAUUGACAACGUGAAGGCCAAGAUUCAAGAUAAGGAGGGUAUUCCACCGGAUCAGCAGAGGUUGAUCUUCGCCGGAAAACAGUUGGAGGAUGGUCGUACCUUGGCGGAUUACAACAUCCAGAAGGAGUCGACCCUUCACUUGGUCUUGCGUCUACGUGGAGGUAUGCAGAUCUUUGUGAAGACUCUCACUGGAAAGACCAUCACACUUGAAGUGGAGAGCUCCGACACCAUUGACAACGUCAAGGCUAAGAUCCAGGACAAGGAAGGUAUUCCUCCGGACCAGCAGCGUCUCAUCUUCGCUGGAAAGCAGCUUGAGGAUGGUCGUACUUUGGCCGACUACAACAUCCAGAAGGAGUCUACUCUCCACUUGGUCCUCCGUCUCCGUGGUGACGAAGCUCUUCAUCCUUCGAUCCCUCGCGAUAUUCAGAUAACUUAUCCGGUGGAUUGGAAGAGAGUAGCGGCGGAGAGAUCAACCGUUUGUAACUGUGGUCUUGGUUCUCGGUGGCUUGGACCGCCGCAGUCCGCUGUCGUCGCCGCACAUCGUCUUUUCUCGCCGCACAUUGGAUUUGGGCUUGUAAUCUAAUAAAUUUGUUUUGUGAUUCAUUUAGA